GGUUUCUCUCUGCGGUGUGCACCAACACCCAACAAAACACCCGCACCGGUGUGAGUAGUAAAGAGGAAAAACACAAAGCACAACACCAAGGCGAGUACUUGUCAUUAGGCGAGUACAGAUACUAUCGAUAAUGCAGUUAGAGGUCACGGGACGGUGGUUUCAAGCGAAGGACGACACCUAUGUUUCCUUGCCCUUGGUGAACAGGUCCGUCGAUCUCGGCGAGGCGCGCCAACUUCUGUGCACGGAGAUGAUUCACUGGGACGACUACCGACGAGACCGCAGCAUCAAUGACGGCAAGCCGCCGAUGCAGCAGCUCUUCGCGUCGGAGCGCGACGAAGUUCCGCUGCACAUCUUCACCUCCGGCGCCGACACCUUCGCCUCGCAGGUGAUCGGCGUGGACCCGACGCAAAGCGGGUCGCCCGUGCAGAUGUUCUGUUCGGAGAUGCAGCACUGGGACGACUACUGUGCUCAGCGAGGCAUCACCACCGGGACGUCUACCAUGCGCGCCCUUUACCGCUCAUUUGAGCGCAAGGAGUUUGCGGUGCUCGACACGAACGAGCAGAAGCUGAAGUUUUACGGCGGCGACAGCGUGGCGCUGAUUUCGUACGGGGGAGACAAGCAAACGUACUGCAGUGAGAUGGAGCACUGGGACGACUUUGUCAAGGCGAAGACUGGGCAGCUGCCGCAGCCGAGCAUGGCAUCACUGUUUCGUCAACAGUGA